UGACAUUCAAAUUUCGAUCGCGACGAGCAACAGAUCGAAUUUGGUGAAAUCAAUGCGUAGAAAGUGAGAGGCAAAGUUGGAGGAAAAGUGAAAAGCUGCGGAAAACUUGGCUAACCAAACAAACACAUUUGGACACACUCGCAUUUGGCGGAUUGAGAUUUCGUGCUCCACCUGAUCUGCUACGCCCGCCGGAGCUGCAUUUGAAGCUGGAGCUGGAGCUGGAGCCAGAGUCCCAGCCAAAGUCAAACACCUGGGCGAGCGGCGGCCCACCUGCCGGCUUAGAUGCGUCUAAUCCAAACGGCAACCGGCGGUGCUGCUGCGUCCGUUCUGCAGACCCACUCCCAGUCGCAGUACAACUACACCAGCAUGCGUGAAGAUGAUAUCGAGCUGGCCAUUAAAGUGGUCAUUGUUGGAAACGGUGGCGUUGGCAAAUCGUCAAUGAUACAGCGGUAUUGCAAAGGCAUUUUCACAAAAGACUACAAGAAGACGAUUGGAGUGGACUUCCUAGAGCGACAGAUAGAGAUCGACGGCGAGGAUGUGCGCAUCAUGUUGUGGGACACCGCCGGCCAGGAAGAGUUUGACUGCAUCACAAAGGCGUACUACCGCGGCGCCCAGGCUUCCGUCCUGGUCUUCUCGACGACGGAUCGGGCAUCUUUUGACGCGAUCAAGGAAUGGAAGCGCAAGGUGGAAAACGAGUGCAACGAGAUACCCACGGUGAUCGUGCAGAAUAAGAUCGAUCUUAUAGAACAGGCGGUGGUCACGGCCGACGAGGUGGAGACGCUGGCCAAGCUGCUCAACUGCCGGCUCAUUCGCACCUCCGUCAAGGAGGACAUUAACGUGGCGUCCGUAUUUCGCUACUUGGCCACCAAGUGCCAUCAGAUUAUGACCCAGAGCUACGACCAGGCGGCAGGUAACCAGCAAAACUCCAGCCAUCCGUCCUACAGUAGCACGCCCACGAUCAGCGCCUUCAGCCCGACCUUCACAAAGUCCAGCAGCGGUACCAUUGUCCUUCGUCCAGCAAAGAAGGGCCAUGGCUCCAGCGUAUCCCGGAAGCGAAAGAUAGUGCUCAAGAAGUGCGGAAUAUUGUGAGGAGUUUUCGAAUUAGCUGAAUGGAUGGCAGGGGCGACUCGGCGGGCAAUUAAUAUCUGGAGCAUAUUUAACGCCUAAUUAUUUUGGAGCCUAAUGAUGUUGUGGCCGGGUGGCCAGCCAACCGUUGGAUGCAACCACAGCCAUUCACUAGUCGUGCACAGACUCCGCGUGAUGUGGUUCAGACAUGCUUACAGAGCAGCAGAAAUAAUCGGAGGCAGCAAAGUGGAUCUUCUGGAUCUCCACGAAGAUGAGGUACCCUCGAGGGCGGACUGAGAAAUUUUGGAUUUUAAAUAUUUGAUUUACACUACACAACGGAAUGUUUCCGAUACUCAUAUUUCUCUUAAGAAUUACACAUUUUUAUAACUCCAAUUCAUAGAAUUAGCCGACUUUUUAACGCUUCGGAUUUAUUACUUCUACUCAAACUAUUUAACACUCCUGUUUAUAUUUAUCCUAUAUAAAAGUUAUAUACACCCAAUACUCUUUGGCUAUACGAGGCCAUUAAACCAAAACAAUAGCAUCCAAUCGACAAGGAUAAGUUCUCAAAACCAUAGACAAUAUGCAUGAGCACGGCAGUUUCUCAAAAAAUUGCCCCAAUUAGUUUUAGAUAUGAAAUCAAAUUUGUAUGUAUGUAUGGCGCACACUGUUCUAUAACGGAGACUGAAGCAUCUUUGCUUUUAUAUCGGAUAUGUAUAUAGGGAUUAGCUUGGGUAAUUAGUUUCCCUAACCAAGCACAAUUAAAAGGCUAUUUAUCACGCUACCAAGCCCAGAUAUCCAUGUGAAAUCCCUUUGCCAAUUCGCGUUGGCCAAAUGUGCAAUUAAUUAUUCAGCUUUUUUAAUUAUUAACUAACUAACUUAAUUAUUAACUAAGUAACAAGUCAUGUCAAAGCGCAAUUUGACGCGAUUCGUGUAGACCAGUGUUCGCAUUCUAUGCAAAAAACUGCAGAUAGAGCACAAGGAAUUCGUGAAGCAUGUAACAUGUAAGCGGAAUAGGAGAAUAAUAGUAAAUAACCCUAAGCCUAUUAAUAUUGUAUUUAUAAAUGUAAUUAAACAUUAAUAUGUUUACCUAAUAAAUUAUUUUGUGUAAAUUAACUAGAAAUUUAUCUAA